AUGUCUGCCACGCCUCCGCCCUCGGAGAGAGAGGCUCGCGUCGUCUCCGGCCAUCUGCCUUCCGGCUACGGUGCUACGUUUGACGGUUCAUCCGCUCCCACCUCGGAUCCAGGCCCUACAGAAUCCCCCGAGCUUUCGUCGCUCAAACUGCCUGGAGGUGACAUUCACCGGGACUUGUUCAGGAUCCAGGAACGGCACAAGCAGGCCAGGAUACACCAACGGUCCAACACCUUUCACCAUCCUGGACAAUUGCGCUCGGAAGAUGACGACGAGGGUCUUGCUGUGAGCAACCAGCUUGCCCCUGGCGGCUUUCGACGAGCCUUUAUUCAACAGCAACAUCAGGAACAACAGUUCCUGGCUGCCAGGCUGCCUAUCACGAGGAAUUUUGUCGAGUUCUUGGACCUAUACGGCUCUUUUGCUGGAGAGGAUCUUGCCGACUCUGAUGAUGAAGCCAUUGUGUCUGAUGAAGAGGAUGAAGAGAGUGCCCCUGAACAGAGGCCAUUGAUCCAACGCCGCAGGUCGACUCGCACGAUUAGAGUGGCCACCGCAGGUACGACCAAGACGUUUUUCACUCUGCUAAAGGCUUUCAUUGGCACCGGAAUCAUGUUCUUGCCCAAAGCCUUCAGCAAUGGCGGUCUGGCCUUUUCUUCCAUCACCAUGGUUUUGGUCUCGGCUGUCACCAUGAUAUCCUUUCACCUGCUUCUGCAGUGUAAGCAGCACCACUCUGGCGGUUAUGGUGAAAUUGGCGAAGCCAUUGCUGGGAGAAGGCUCCGCAAUCUGAUCAUGGGUUCUGUCACCUUCUCCCAGCUCGGCUUUGUCUGUGCUGGAAUCGUCUUCGUUGCUGAGAAUAUCGAAGCUUUCCUAGGGGCAGUAACCCAGGGCACUAGCCACGUCUCGUCUGUGAGCAUCAUUUUGAUACAGCUCGCGGUCCUGAUUCCGCUGUCCUGGAUACGAAAUAUCUCCAAGCUGGGCCCAGCCGCCCUGCUCGCCGAUGUGUGUAUUAUGAUGGGUGUAACUUACAUCUACUACUAUGACAUUGGUAGCCUGGCCAGCCACGGUAUGGACAAGACCGUUGUCAUGUUCAACCCCGACAGCUACACCAUGAUGAUUGGGUCCGCCAUCUUCACCUUUGAGGGCAUUGGUCUGAUCCUCCCAAUCCAAUCGUCCAUGGCCGAGCCCGAGAAGUUCGAGCCCCUGCUUGGUCUCAUCAUGGUCAUUAUUACGAUUGUCUAUACAUCGGUUGGCGCACUUUGCUAUGCGACCUUUGGAAACGAUACAUAUAUCGAGAUUAUCAACAACUACCCUCGCGAUAGUCGUUUUGUUCAGGCCAUGCAGUUCUUGUACUCGCUUGCCAUUCUCGUCGGCAACCCUGUGCAGCUCUUUCCAGCGCUGCGUAUCCUCGAGGGCGGAUUGUUUGGGCAUCACUCUGGUAAGAAGAGUCUGAGGACCAAAUGGACUAAGAACUUUUUCAGGGCCAUGAUGGUACUCAUCUGUGGCGGUGUCUCUAUUCUCGGCGCUGGUAACCUCGACCGUUUUGUCGCACUGAUUGGCUCUUUUGCUUGCGUGCCACUCGUCUACAUUUACCCACCUUACCUCCACUACAGAGGCGUGGCCACCUCCAAGUACGAAAAGAUUGGGGAUAUCGUCUUGAUGAUUGUUGGCGUGGUCUGUAUGAUAUACACCACGAUUGUCACGGUCAAGAACAGUUUCAUGUAA